UUAAAACUCCAGAGUGAUGAUUCUUAACUUGAAAAGAAAGAACAGAGAUAUCAGUCUGAUUAUAUGCAAGCAGGAGUUGCCCGGUCUUAUCUAUGAUAUGUUCCACCCAUUUUGUAUUUCCAUUGCUUGCUGUUUUCUAUGAGUAAAAUUUAAAGCUUGACCCUGGAGGGGAGCUUCCGUCCUUGGAGGAGGUAGGUAUGUUAAUGCUGUCUCAGGCUGAUGCAGAGCACACUCUUCUUUCAUCCAAAACACGCUCUCCUCUCCAGAUGCAGAGUCUAAUCCUUAGGGAACAGUUUUGUAGGGUUUCAGAAAAGAAAAAAACAGAGACAGCAACGCUUUCUAGUUUACAGGACCAUUGAAUAUUUUGUUCCCUGUGCCAUCAGUCAGUAUGAUGCACAGGGUUUUUAGUUUUAGCCCUGUGUAUUUUGAACUAGCUGGGGAGGGAAGAGCACACUUCAUGAACUGUUUAUGUGAAAACUGCUAUGCCCAAAAGAACUCAAAGUGCAUUUCUCACUCAUAAGAAUAGACAGGAACCAUUACCAGCUUCCACUGUACAUCCUGUUAAAUGGUAUUUUCAUUCAGAGUCCACAUACAUUUCUUUGGAACAUUAUUUUCAUGAGAGGGAAAUCAUGAGAGAAGAAUGUGCCCAGCUCUUCAGGAACCGGGGAAGACUUCACCAGAAGAAUAACAGAAGAGUAUAAAUUAGUUUAAUUAGCAGCUCUCAGAGGAAGAAAACGGCAUUUAGAAUUCAAUGAGAAUUUUCCUACUGUCUGCCAUCAGUUUUGAAUCAGGCCUUACAAUCUCAGCCAAAAGAGUUUGCUCAGGACCAGGCAACAUGAUACAUGAAUAAAAUGUCUCAUCACUGCAGCAGUGCAAAACAAGUCUUAUUAGGGAAAGUUACGGCCAAUGGACUGAAGGCAGUACGGGAAAAAAAGUCAAAAACUCAUAAGAUCUAGAUGAUGGCAGAUCACCACGAUGCAAGAGAGAUCUUGAAGCCUUUGGUUUUCCGUCUCCAUGAGAAUGUCCCUGCAAUAGUCCGUGAGGUUUUACUGGAACGUGGCUGGACUGAAUUUGACAAAAAAGAGCAAGAUGAUACAGAUUGGAACCUGUACUGGCGGAACUCCCCUUUCCGUAUGACAGACUACUGCAGCAUUAAACCAUGGCAGAGACUCAAUCACUACCCAGAAGCUGUCAGGAUCACCAGAAAAGACUAUCUGGCAAGGCAUCUGAAACGUAUGAAAGGAGCAUAUGGAUCAGCUCUAUAUGAAUUUAGUCCAGUGGCAUUCAUCAUGCCCAAUGACUAUGUCAAAUUUAUAGCAGAAUAUUUUAAGGAGAAACAGUCACUGGGUAGAAGACCUAGCUACUGGAUUUGCAAGCCUGUGGAUCUCUCCCGUGGAAGGGGAAUACUCAUUUUUCAAGACAUUAAAGACUUUGAAUAUGACUGUACAGUCAUUGUGCAGAAGUAUAUUAGCAACCCCUUGCUCAUUUCAGGGUAUAAACUGGAUCUCCGCUUGUAUGUGUGUGUCACAAGUUUUUGCCCCCUCACUAUUUACACUUACGAAGAAGGACUGGUGAGGUUUGCCACUGAAAAGUUCGACCUCAGUUCAUUGGACAAUGUUUUUUCCCACCUAACAAAUACUAGCAUCAACAAAUAUGGAGCUUCAUAUAAAAAAUAUAAAGAAGGUAUUGGGUGUGGCUGCAAAUGGACAUUCAGCAAAUUUCGUUCCUACCUUCGAAUUUAUGGGGUGGAUGACCUGCUCCUCUGGAAGAAGAUCAACAACAUUGUGAUGCUGACCCUGCUUGCUGUAACCCCCUUACCAGCAGCUUCCAAUUGCUUUGAGCUCUUUGGCUUUGACAUCCUGAUUGAUGACAAAUUCAAGCCAUGGCUUUUAGAAGUCAACUACAAUCCAGCCUUGUGUUUAGACUGCUCCAUUGAUGCCACUGUGAAAAGAAAACUUCUUCAUGAUAUUGUUGAACUGCUGAACUACAAGCAAAUUGAUGCUCUCAGGCAAAACCAAAUGGCUGGGACGAAAGCUGGUAGAGCACGUGUGCCCUUGAGCACACCUGGCGAAAGUGCACUGGAGGAGGCUCCUGACUCACACACUUGCCAAGGAGAGGCCGAAUGCACUGCUCCUUCUUCAGUACAAUCUGCCUUGCAGGUUGCAAAAGGAUCAAUUCAUAAGGUGGUCACCCAGACUAAGAAAAUUGCCAGAGGACACCCAAGGAAAACACUGACUUCGCAGCUACGGGAAAGGAUGAACAUGCCAAAAACAUCCUCCCAAGCAAAAGCUGAAGCAAAAAGCAAGCAACUCCCAGAAGCUGUGCAUUAUCCACACCAGUUUGCUCAACCCAGCCGCUGGUUACCUACACCUGAUUUCUGGAACUGUAAAUUAACCACACACCCCUAUUUUCUCUCUGAUAAAGACCAGAGGCCUAUCCCCCGAGUAGGAGAUUUUGUCCUUAUUUUUCCUUUUAAUGAAGCUGCACUUCAAGCUUCCAGGGAUGGGACAGAUGUAAAGAGCAUCAUACAGGAAAUAAACAAGUUAGUGAACAAACAGUUGCCAUCAAAAAAGCAGAAGACAAAGAAAAGGGUAGACUCUUUAACUUCUGUGUAACUUCAUGGGAUUAUCUGUUAGACAUAUAAUAAAUGCUAUCUUUAGCUGGAAGGUGGUAGAGGUACACUGAAAUUGCAUCAGAAACAGAGACAUCUUAAGCCAUACACAAUUUAGAAAUUGAUCUUGUAAUUUAGCAAUUACCAUGAGAGAUUAUUUUUUAAAUAGAAAGCACUGAAUAAUUCUUUAAAGUAAUUCUUCUAAUUUUUAA